GCUAUUUGGAGCGGAGAGUGAAAGUUACAGUUCCUGGUGCUGGUAGGGAGUGUGGCGCGGAGCGGAGCGCUGCGGCUCAUCGGAACCACAAUGGAGCCAUAGCAGAGCCGGGCGUGGGGGCAAGGGCAGUGGGCUGCUGGCAUUCGCUAUGGAGGAGGACUGGGACACGGAGCUGGAGCAGGAGGCGGCAGCGGCUUCCCAGGGGCGUUCUGAGGAGCAGGCGUGGAUGGCUAACUCUGGCAGACCAAACAGCCCAUCCCUCCGCUUCUCCAGCAGACCAAGCAGCCCCUUGUCUGGCUUCCCAGGCAGACCAAACAGCCCCUUCUUUGGCUUUAGUCAGAAUAAAGGCUCACUUGGUGCUAAUGAAGGACUUAACAGAAGUCUGCCUGUGCAGCAUGACAUUGGAGGAUAUUCUGGGAGCAGAGAGUCUGUUGUACGUCCAAACAGAGAAGAUCAACCAGUGACUAGAUUUGGUAGAGGGAGGAGUUCUGGAAGCAGAGAUUUUCAAGAGAGGAACUCUGCAAAUGAUCCUGGUAUGCAAGAUCAAGGUUUUAGAAGAGUUCCUGGCAUCUUUGGGCAAAGCAAGUGUUUUAACAGUGAGGAAAGAAAUAGUCCUCUGCGUGGCAGCCCUUUUGCCCCAGGAGGAAGAGGAGCAGUUGGAGGUCCUGCAGGAGUUCUCAAAGGACGCUCUGAAGAAAUUGAUUCUGGAAGAGGUCCAAAGGUGACUUAUGUCCCCCCUCCUCCACCUGAAGAUGAACAGUCCAUCUUUGCAUGUUAUCAGUCAGGAAUUAAUUUUGACAAGUAUGAUGAAUGUGCUGUUGAGAUGUCAGGACUUGACCCUCCAGCACCAUUACUGGCUUUUGAAGAAGCUAACUUUGCUCAGACUUUAAGGAAGAAUAUAUCUAAAACUGGAUAUUCAAAACUUACUCCAGUGCAGAAGCACAGCAUUCCUGUUAUACAAGCAGGGCGGGAUUUAAUGUCAUGUGCCCAGACAGGAUCAGGAAAAACAGCAGCUUUUCUUCUACCAAUUGUGGACCGGAUGAUGAAAGAUGGUGUAACUGCAAGUGCCUUCCAAAAGCAGCAAGAACCACAAUGCAUUAUUGUUGCACCAACUAGAGAACUGAUAAAUCAGAUCUUCUUAGAAGCAAGGAAGUUUGUGUAUGGGACUUGUAUAAGGCCUGUUGUGAUCUAUGGAGGUACACAGACAGGUCAUUCAAUCCGUCAAAUAAUGCAAGGCUGUAAUAUAUUAUGUGCCACUCCUGGAAGGCUUCUUGACAUUAUUGAAAAAGGGAAGAUCAGUUUGGUGGAGGUGAAAUAUUUGGUACUAGAUGAAGCAGACCGCAUGCUCGAUAUGGGUUUUGGAUUAGAUAUGAAGAAGCUGAUUUCUUAUCCAGAAAUGCCAUCUAAAGACAGACGUCAAACAUUAAUGUUUAGUGCCACUUUUCCUGAGGAAGUUCAAAGGCUGGCUGGUGAAUUUUUGAAAACAGACUAUAUAUUUCUUGUUAUUGGAAAUACCUGUGGAGCCUGCAGUGAUGUUCAGCAAAAUAUUCUUCAGGUUCCCCGGUUAUCCAAGAGGGAUAAACUAAUAGAAAUUCUACAAAGCACAGGUGGUGAACGAACCAUGGUGUUUGUGGACACAAAGAAAAAAGCAGAUUACCUUGCAGCCUUUCUUUGUCAAGAGAACCUACCAUCCACCAGCAUUCAUGGAGAUAGGGAACAGAGAGAGAGAGAGAUAGCUCUUCGCGAUUUCCGUUCUGGAAAAUGUCAAAUUCUUGUGGCAACUUCGGUAGCAUCAAGAGGCCUGGAUAUUGAAAAUGUUCAACAUGUUAUUAAUUUUGAUCUCCCUAACACCAUUGAAGAUUAUGUACAUCGAAUUGGACGAACUGGUCGUUGUGGAAAUACUGGCAAAGCAGUUUCAUUCUUUGAUGAUCAGUCAGAUGGCCAUCUUGUACAAUCUCUACUUAAAGUGCUUUCAGAAGCCCAGCAGGAAGUUCCGGUUUGGUUGGAAGAAAUGGCUGUCCAAAGAACAAAUAUUGUUGCUUCACUUGGUGCCCAAAGGAAUAAUGCAGGCCGUGGCAGAAUGAACCCAAGAGAAAUGAGGAUGUCAUAUUCUGAAACAACAUUUAAGUCAUGGGAGUAAAGCAAAUUUAGCACUAAACUCUGUUGUAUUCUGUUGUGGUUUAAGUGAACUGUUGCAGUUAAUGUUUAAUUACUGUUAAGUUUUAUGAAAUGCUUUGUGUUUACAAGCUACCUUGUAUCUCAUGAUGGCGCUUUCAACAAUGAAAAAGGAACCCAUCGUUGAUUCUCACUCAGUGUAGGAAGGCAAAAGCCAUUUUCAGGAAAAAAAAGCCUGAAACUAAGUGUUAAAUGUUUCAGUCAGUAGGUGUUUACUGAUGCUUAUAUGUUACUACAAAUAAUGUGUUGCUAUAAAAGAGUGAGUUGUCAUCCCUGUUUUGCUUGCAAGUGGAAAAUAGCAUAUCACUUGAACUUAAUACUUUGUUAUUAAAAUUCAGUUAAAUUGCAACUUGGAAGCAGUGUAUGUAUUCAGUGCCCUGGACAGCAUGACUCCUUUUCUUGACAAUUUUCCGCAGGAUUUGUGUAUCCAUUAUGACUUCAGGUCAGAAGCUUGGGGUCAUCUUGAUUUGCUAGCUGUAGGAAAUACGUAUGAGUAGUAAUUUCUGGAGGGAGAUGUACACUUGAAGUCUUCCGUGUCUAUGAAAAGCAACCAGAGUAACUGCAGUCAUGGGUCAUCUGUAUCCUAAGAAAAAGCCUUCGAAGGGGGCUGACUUAUCCUUGUUUCGAGGAUCACUUCAAUCACAGGGUGCUUUUUGCUUUGCCUCCUGUCUUAUACCUGUUUGGUUGGGGAGUAUCAGGAUGAGUUGUGUAACUGACUAAAGAGGUAUUCUGGAUCUGUUGUAGGCUUGCAUUUUAUUUGUAGCUUGUAAAAUAAUUCUUAUCAUAGUUUUCCUACAUUUCGUACAUUUCAUUGCGUUCUGUACAAUUCAUCAAAUAAAGCAUCUCAAAUGUUUUCUACUAGAAA